AUGGGGUCCAAAGUAGGAACUAGAUCAAUUGCUCAAAUCGCUUACGAUCUGACCAAGCUACAGGAAGCUGUUGGGAUACAUCAAAAAAAGAUUUCUUCUAUGCCGGUGCCCAUAAUGGAGCACUUCGCACUAGUUCUUGGUCGAAAGACAAACCAUUCACGUGGUGUUGGCAUUCGUUUUGUAAACCGAGUGGCUGAGGAAAGGAUCAGACUGCAGGCGCAAAUUGAGGCUUCUGAACAGCGUGAAGCUGCAGCUCAAGCAUGUGCAGAUGCUGCUGAGCAACGUGCUGAGGCUGCUGAGCAAUAG